CGGCGGAUGGACACUUACUUUGUUGUUCAUACAUCAGCACUGCACUAGAUGCUCCUCGGAAGCAGUAAAUAUAUGAUUAUUUUGUAAAAUUGUAGUUUUCCCCCUUAAUUUUUCUAGCUGCAUCCUUCUAGUCAUGAGACGACUUUUUGACGCACAUUUAACCCGCAGUCCUAAUUUAGAAGGAUAGCAUAUAAUGGCGUUGCUGUAGAAGAGAAGCUAACCGAGUGACUCGUAAUGCUCACGCUUGCUUGUUGUCAAAACCAAAAGGAGCUUUUAACUUUAGAAUACCAUCUCUAGAGCUUCUACCCAAUCUCGCGGAUAUAGCAAAAAUGCCUAACACCAAUGCUAGGCCAAAACACAGCAGAAGGACCCGGCGGCGACGCAGAGGAGAUCCUGCCAGAGAUGAGCUGGUCUCCAGCUCCCUACAGAGCGCCCAGCAGUGCCUGCUAAACCAGGAUUAUGGGACAGCAUUUGUGCACUACCUCCUGGUCCUCAACCUUGCACCUGAGUUCAAGGACUUUGCACAGGAGUCCUUCAGGUUCACCCUUUUUAAAUGGGCAGAGGAACUCGACUCCUUGGGUCGCAUUCAGGAACUUUUUGACUGCUAUGAGCAAGCUCUGGAAAUUCUCCCUGCCGAUGAGGUGAUCCUAAACAGCAUGGGUGAACACCUGUUCAGAAUGGGAUUCAGAGAUGAAGCAGCAGGCUAUUUCCACAAAGCCUUAAAGCUCAGACCGGAGUUUCCAGAAGCCAGAGAGAAUUUUUACCGCGUCGCCAAUUGGCUGGUGGAGCGUUGGCACUUCCUCAUGCUUAACGACCACGGCAGGAACCAGAAAUACCAACAGGCCAUUCAGAAGGCUGUUCAGAGCGGAUGCAGCACUGUACUUGAUAUAGGUACUGGCACUGGGAUACUUGGAAUGUGUGCCAAGCAAGCAGGAGCGGCCGAAGUUUACGCCUGUGAGCUGUCAAAGACCAUGUAUGAACUGGCCUGUGAGGUGGUGACAGCUAAUGGGAUGGAUGGUGACAUCAAGAUCCUUCACAAGAAAUCCUUGGAGAUGGAAGUUCCUACCGACAUUCCUCAUAGGGUGUCACUGGUGGUGACUGAGACAGUCGAUGCGGGAUUGUUUGGAGAGGGCAUCAUAGAGAGUCUCAUUCAUGCCUGGCAUCACCUCCUCCUGCCCCCUAAGUCAAAUGAGAAUACGUUUGGAGAACAGUCUGCCACAGGACGAGUCAUCCCCGCUGGAGCCACUGUAUUUGCUAUGGCUGUGGAAUGCCCCGAAAUCCGCCGGCAUCACAGACUCUGUGUGACAGAAGUGGGCGGGCUGUCCAUGGCUGCAUGUGGAGAGAUCCACAGUCCAGUGAGCUGCAGCUCAGAGCCGGAGGAGUCCAUGGAGCCAUACACCACAGAAAGACUGAGCAGGCUGCCUGGGGGGUACACCGCUCUCACAGAGCCUUUCACAGCUCUCACCAUUGAUUUCAACAAUGUGCAGGAACUAGAAGGUCUGAGCUCCAGGGAGGUUCAGAGGAUCCAGCUGCCUGUGACUCAGGGAGGAGAGCUGGACGCUCUGGCUGUGUGGUUCCAGCUGCAUCUGGAUGAGGAGAGCAGUCUGUCGACUGGACCUCAGGAAGACACCUGCUGGGAGCAAGCCAUCUACCCAGUCCACAGCACCAAGUGUUUCGUGUUGAAGCCGGGCGACGAGCUGAUCGUGGAAGUCUCCUGUCGAGACGCCUACCUGAGGCUCAGCGGCGUGGCUGUGCUCCGAGGAGGUCGCCACAUCCAUCUUGACAAUAGUAGCAGCUGGCAGCCCUCUGAGAACCCCGUUCCAAACCCGAACCCAGAGGCUGAGCUCUGCAGCGCGUUAGCGUGUCUUCAGACCAAUCAGAAGCAAAGCAUAGACUCCUGCUUGCUGGAGUGUUCAGAGAUGGCCCUCCUCAACAACACGGAUUACCAUCAGAGCUUCCGCAGUGCACUAGACAAGCUCAUCUCCCGGCUCAAGGUCAGGCAGCACGGCGGGGUAGGGACUGCCGGCUUCCCGCCCGCCAGCGGUCUGCUGUAUGUGCUGGAUGUGUCGGAGGGCUUCUCUCUGCUCUCAGUCCUCGCCGCCAGCCAAGGUGGCGUGAAAGCCUUCAGCUCCGUGGAGAAGAGCAAGCAGCAGGACGUGCUGAAGAAGCUGGCGCACUCCAACGGGAUCUCUGAGCAGCUCCUGGAGUUCUGGCUCAACCGGGUGGAGGACGAGCAGGGGAUGCUGCAAAGGCCCUCAGGGGAGAAGCUGUGGAGCGCCAUCAUCCUCGACUGCGUGGAAACCUGCGGCCUCAUCCGGCAAAAGCUAAUGGAGAAGGCUUCUCUGGCCAGGUGUCUGCUGGAAGAAGGAGGCCACAUUUUCCCGGAGAGGAUAGUCGUGCACGGCAUGUUGGUGGAGUCUGACACCUUGUUGCGAGAAAGCGCCGUCCAGGGUCUGGAGCCAACUUUGGGGUUUAACAUCGCUCCGUUUAUCAACCAGUUUACUGUACCGGUUCACGUGUUUCUGGACUUCUCCACACUGGAGUGUCGACAUCUGAGUGAGGCUGCAGAGCUCUUUGUUCUGAACCUCAUGGAUGCCAAUUCCAACUAUACCAACAGAGAAGUCAAGGUUAAGGUCACGUCAGCGGGCAGAAUAACGGCCGUUCCCUUCUGGUAUCAGAUCUAUCUGGAUCAGGAGAUCAGCGUCAGCUCGCUGGGCCGGAACUCGCACUGGAAGCAGGCGGCUGUGGUCCUCCCGGAGCCUCUCCAGGUCCAGGCGGGAGACUGGGUCUGCCUUAAUGUGAAGCUUCAUAAAAGCACCAUCUCCGUCAUAGCCCAUUUAGAAAACACAUCUGUGUCGAUGGAAUAGUGUUCUAGUACUUUCUAGCUCAUUUAAAUUUCAGCUGUUUGUCUCCUAUCUAUGGAACAUGUUAGUCGACUAAACAUAGUCAGUUCUCCCUCUUCGGUGUAACCAUGUUUUCCAGACACUCAAGUGUCCCAGAGUUAUAGCAGUAACUAUCUGCAGGAUGUGACCUUUGCAGAAUGUGUAACCAGUUUACUACUGUUAAAAUCAACUCUAAUGCUUCUGUUACACAUAUUCUAAGUACCUUUGUAAAGGCUUGUGCUGCAUAUUUGUAUAAAUGCAGCAUAAAUGUUCCUUUGGUUAUGGAUAGAGCUGUAAACCAUUUAUAUCUUCUACAUUUUUGCCAGUAAAUGACUCUUCUAAUUUAAGAUAGGGGAUGGAUAGAUUUUAAAUAAACAUUUACAUAUUUCAGUUUUUAUUUUUUAAAAAUGUAUAUCAGUGUUUCUGUAUGCAUGUCCAUGAAACACACAAUACUCAGAGCUAAAUACUGAGCUUUAAAGAAAAACAAUUCAUUUGUUGUGGAUGGAUUAAAUCUACAGCAUAUUUUUAAGAAGGCAUCUGCGACAACAGAGAUAAAUCUGUACAAAGUAAAGCACUGACAGUAACUUACAAGAAGAAUGUGCUGAUUGUACCACGGAUUUAAAAAAUAACUUUAAAUGCAAAAGAAAUACAAUCCACAGUAUUACUGCUGAUCCAA